GUUGCGUUUUAUUUUGCUUGCAUUGAGUGCAGCGUUUUAUUGCGUGAUAGAAUCCAUAAUGUCUAAUGUGUAUUUAUUGCCAGUAGCAGUGUUCCUUAUAUUCCAAGUAACUUUUCUUGGCACUUACAUCGCAGCUGUCCUGGAGGGCCAUGUCGUUCCUACCGUGCCGUAUAUCAGCGACGCUGCCACUUAUUCCCCGGAAAGCUGCGUUUUUGGCCAACUCAUUAAUAUAGGCAGCGUACUGCUGGGAAUCACAAUCUAUGUGCGCUAUCGUCAUAUUUUGCAACUGUACGAGCAUCACCCUGAGUUGGAUGUUGCUGUCUUGCGCCACAAUCGUCUCGCUUUGUGGUUCGGCUUGAUAUCCUGUCUAGGUAUCAGUUUUGUGGGCAAUUUCCAGGAGACAAAUGUGCGAAUUGUACACUUUAUUGGAGCCUUUUGUUGUUUUGGUUGCGGCACACUUUACUUUUGGAUGCAAGCACUCAUCUCUUUCUCAAUCUUGCCAAUGGCUGGUACCCGCAUCUACGCACACUUGCGUCUGGGCAUGUCGGUCUGCUGCACCAUCUUGUUUAUAGUCGUGGCCGUGACCGGUGUUAUGUCACACAUACUUUUCAAAGGACAGAAUCCGCGCAAAUGGUACCCUUCGGAUGGUGGUUGGUAUUUCCAUGUCAUCAGCUCCAUUUCGGAAUGGAUAAUUGCCACCGUAUUUAGCUUUUACAUACUUACCUUCACAAGAGAAUUUCGUGAUGUAUCGCUGGAUCAUCCGCAGAUUUCCCUGAUCUCCUACUCUAUGACAAUUUAGGUAUUAGAUUCAUAGUUGGAAUGUAGGUAUGUCAGUCACAGCUUUAAAUGGCAACGACCAGUACGAAAAUGCACCCAUAAGCAGGUACUAGGCUGGAAGCCGGCCCAAUAAAUACGCAGGUCGGGCUUAAAAAAAGGCACUUUCAAAUCAUUAAAAAUUAAAAGCUACUAAAUCCCUUACACUUAAACACCAUUUAAUUAAGGACUCGGUCCAACGAAGCAUAGUUUCACUUUUAUUUUAUACAUUUUUUUUUAUGAUUUAAGCGCUAGCAAACCUUAAUAUUCAUUUUCUACUAUUUAUAGUUUUUUAAAAUAACCGUAUUUCAAAUUAAAUUUUUCUUUGAAUUGAAUUGGAAUACCCAAAAAUUAUUGGGUUAGUUUGUCAGCUUUUGGUGCUUAUUGUUGUCCGCUUCGAUAAACCUAUUGCUGUGAUAAAUGUAAAUAUGUGCAUAUACCAUAUUUUUAUGGAUCAUGCCCCAAGGAAGUAGAGUUUGACUUUUUAGUGUUCUUAUAUAAAUAUUCCUUCAUUCGUUCAUUAGGAGACUAGAAUGCCAAACUCGAACGUGAAGAUAAACGCCAGUAUUUCAAAAUUUAUAGGAUGCCAGACAGUCCUUUAUUCAACAAAAUUCGAAUACGUACCGUUAAAAAAGUAAUUACAUUAAUAAAUGUAAGUGCGUUUGACAAAAAAGUUUUCAUGUGUGGAAACAAGUUUAUUACCUUUUUAUUAUUUCAUAUAAAUAUUGCAUAUUAAAAUGGUGGAACCCUUAAUUGAAAUCCAAAUAAAGAAAAAAAACGUAUGCUGAA